CUUGUGAGAAUCGAACACUCCAUAGACUGCUUGUACACUUAUUAUAUACGCAGCUCGGGCAGCUACUAAAGUACAGGUAUAAGUGGGGGAAUACUGUUUUCGAGUUACUAGCGCGAGGGGAAUAAGUUAGAUAGCGCUGGUGUGUAGUUAUAAAUUAUAACAUUGAAUGUUACGAUAUAAGAGAGAGUUCUCGUUUCGCUUAGUGUUUCUUGGAUUGUAAAACGAUAUCCGAUAUUGCAUACGAGGUACCGAUAUUUAGUACUGAAAGUUAAUCAUCUUUCUUGUCAAUAAUCUGGAGAAGUACUGUGCGUAAUAUAAGACAUGCCGACGAUUAAUGUUAAACGUGACUUACUAUUCAAGACACUUGGUAAAAAGUAUUCUGACAAGGAGUUUGAAGAUUUGUGCUUCAAAUUUGGCUUAGAAUUGGAUGAAGUGACGACGGAAAAGCAAAUCAUAAUGAAGGAAAAAGGUUUAGAUCAAACUACAGAAGGGUCGGAGGAAAUUGUAUAUAAAAUUGAUAUACCGGCAAAUAGAUAUGAUUUAUUAUGUAUGGAAGGUUUAACGCUCGGACUGCUGAUAUUUUUAAAUAAGAUCGAUAUUCCACGAUACGUGGUCACAUUUCCAAAUACAGGGAUGCAAAGAAUAUCUAUGACAAACGAGUGUUUAAAAGUUAGGGGACACAUUGUUGCAGCUGUUUUGCGCGAUUUUACGUUUACCGAGGAUUCUUAUAAUAGCUUUAUAGACCUUCAAGAUAAAUUGCAUCAAAACAUAGGAAGAAAACGAACUUUGGUGUCGAUCGGUACUCACGAUUUAGAUACAGUUAAGGGCCCUUUCGUAUACGAUGCGAAACCACCGACAAGUAUUCGUUUUAAACCUCUUAAUCAAACGAGAGAGUAUACAGGGGAAGAAAUAAUGAGUUUGUAUGAUAAUCAUGCACAAUUAAAACAAUACCUACACAUUAUAAAAGAGAGUCCAGUUUAUCCUGUAGUGCAAGACAGUAAUGGAAUCGUAUUAUCUCUUCCACCUAUUAUCAAUGGAGAUCACUCGAAAAUCACGCUGAACACUAAAAAUAUAUUCAUAGAAUGUACAGCAACAGAUCUUACAAAGGCAAGAAUAGUAUUGGAUACUAUAGUUUGUGCAUUCAGCCAAUAUUGCAAAACGAAGUACACGGUAGAAGCAGUAGAAGUUGUAUACCCUAAUAACGAAGUGUUUCAUCAGCCUGAUUUGAAAUAUCGAACCGAGGAAAUCAAUUGUGAGACAGCGAUGAAUUACAUUGGCGUGAGGCAAACGUCAAAAGAAGUGGCUAAUCUGUUGUCUAAGAUGUCAUUGAAAAGCUCAGCUACAGAGAAUAAUAAAUUAUACGUAGAAGUGCCUCCUACAAGACACGAUGUAAUGCACGUAUGCGAUAUUUACGAAGAUAUCGCUAUAGCGUAUGGGUAUAAUAACAUUGAAAAAACUAUACCACGUUUUUCAACGAUCGCUGAAGAGUUUCCACUUAACAAGUUGUCCGAUCAAUUACGCGUGGAAUUAUCUUGCGCGGGGUUCACAGAAGCACUGACUUUCUCAUUGUGUUCUCGGGAAGAUAUAGCUGAUAAGUUGGGCCAUAAAUUGUCAAACAUACCAGCGAUACAUAUAUCGAAUCCAAAAACGUUAGAAUUUCAGGUAGCGCGUACCACUUUAUUGCCAGGAUUAUUGAAAACACUUGCCGCUAAUAAAAAUAUGCCGCUUCCUCAAAAGCUGUUUGAAGUCUCAGAUAUUGUAUUGAAGGAUAGUACCAUGGAAGUAGGCGCACGUAAUAAUCGACAUUUGUGUGCCGUGUAUUGCAACAAGUCGGACGGUUUUGAAAUAAUUCAUGGUUUGUUAGACAGAGUGUUACAAGUAUUGGAAAUACCAUGGAGCGUCAAUGAAAACGACAAUGGGUAUUGGCUUCGUACGGUGAAUGAUCCUACAUAUUUCCCCCAUCGGUGCGCAGAAAUUGUAUCUUGUGGAAAAGUAAUCGGAAAAAUGGGCGUCCUACAUCCAGAUGUAAUCUCAAAGUUUGACUUAAAUAUGCCCUGUUCUGUACUAGAAAUCGAUAUCGAGUCAUUUUUGUGAAGGCGAAAACUCGUUUAUUAUGUAACAAAUACGUGAAUGAAUGUUAUAAAUAUUUUGAUGAAUAAACGGAUAUAUGUGUUUUGUA